AUGGGAACAAAUUUGAAAAUUCGAAAGACCGGAUUCCUGAUCGAAGGAGCUCGAAAUGGCCCACAGCGCAUCCCAGUCGAGGCCAUCGAAACCAUGCUGGGCAAUGGGGAGACUGGCUGUAUCCCUGCUGUCAUUAUUACCGUAUUUACUCUUGCUGCUGUUGAGAAGCUUCUCCAAAAAGAUCUCCAGAACCGCAACGCAUCGGGUCGCCGAGUCGGCUAG